AUGACAAGCGCAAGCGAUUUAAAUAUCAACAAAGAAACUUCUACAAAUGAAGAAGAAAAAACAACGAUAGAGGAAACAAAAGAAAAAUCAUCAGCUGAAAUCAAUACAAAAAAUGAAGACGAAACAGCUGUCGUUGUUUCUUCUGAAGAAGCAGAUGUAUCAAAAGAUGAUGAACAAAAGAAUAUUGAAAAGCUUGAAAAUGGUAAUGAAAAAGAAAAACAUGAUAUUUCAUCUAUAUCAGAAAGUGAAUUAAAAGAAAAUGAACUUGAUGCACAAUCAUUUUUCGAACAAUCAAUGGUUGUUAAUGGAAAACGUUCAAGAAAACCAACAUUACGUCUUGAAAUAUCUGAAUCACUACCAACAAAAAAAGAAUUAUCUAUUCCUAAGGGUCAUGGUAAACCAUUAGGUGAAAUUGAAUAUAUUAAUUAUCAAAUAACUCAUGCUUCAACUGAUGCUUUAUCUCGAAUGCGUAAUAUUUGUUUUGGUCGACGAGGAAAUAAAGCAAAUAUUCGAAAAAAUCUUCGAGAAUUUAAAGGAUUUGAAUUUCGACAUAAUAGUGAUGAAUAUCAAAAGCAUUUCAAUAAUUUAAUAAAAUUAAAAAAAGAUCAAUUAAAAUCAAUUUCGAAUAUUCUUGGUCUACCAGCAACAGGUCGUAAUAUUGAUCAUGCUGAACGAAUUUUAAAAUUUUUAAUCGAACCAAUUGAUGAAGGAAAACGUAUACCAGGAAAAAAAUCAACAAUACGUACUAUGAAAAAACGCAGUACUAAUUCAAAAGAAUCUAUUGAUACUGAUCAAGAAAUAAAAAUUGAAAAUAAUAAAGAUGAACAUGACUUAGAUUAUGUUAAUACACCUAGUAAAAAACCUUCAAAUAAACGUUUGUCUAAUGAUCAAAUAUCAACUAAUACCAAACGAAAAAAACGUGCAUCUGCAAUAUCAGAAUCGAAAGAAAAUCAUGAAACAAAUAUUGCUACCGAUGAACAUAAACAUAAUGGUGAAGAAAUAGUAAAGAUGAAUGAGAAUGAUAUUACAGAUAGUAAAUCAAUAGAAAAAUCUGAUCAAAAUGAAGCAAAAACAAACAAUACAAGUCAAGAUGUAAUUUGA